CUGCUCCAUUUGAUUGAUUCGGGGAAGCACCUACCCAUGCAACAUAACACGUUUUCUUGUACCUGCCUUACGAACAGUAACAUAUUACUUCCCUGUGACGACUUGCUUAAUACAUGUAUAUAUAGGGAAGUGGUGACCCGAGCUCGAGCCGCGUAUUAACAUCUGGAUCGUCGCUUCCAGAGCUUCAUCGUCCACUCAGCCCCAAACUUCCGUAGUGGGACCUCGAUUCAACUCGAUCCGACCUUAUUAAACUUACUACCUUUAUACACCUAAAUCAAAUAGCUACGAUUCCCUCCACGAAGCUUUUGUUUAAUACCAAUCUCAGUUUUGAGAUGCAGCUUUCAAAGUCUCCAUCCGUUCCGACCACCGCGCUGUGAUACAUCCUCGACCCUCUCUACCUUGCUCGUUUCUAUCCACUUCGCCCACUGUUAAGGCCCGUGCUGGAGCUCUGAUAUUGGAUGUCUACAUGGGGGAAGAUGCGAGGCUUUUUUCUAAGUGACGAGGAGCUGGGCAAGAAGAAUGACGACCACAAGUCCUUUAAGAAUGGCGCCGCCACCGGCUUGCGACAGCCAAAUUGGCAUCCUGCUCGAGUCCCUCCGCGACGAUCGAUUAAACGUAUAGGUGUUGUGCUAGGUGUAGUUUUGCUUUUAUAUCUCUUCGUGAAGAAUAUACCGGUUCUCGGACCCAAUACGCAGAUGCGCCGACCUAGUUAUUCGUAUCCCGAUCUCGCCGCGAACAUUCCUAGACGCCCCUCGUUCGAGCGACCGCAACCCGCCCCGUCGAAACAACGUGGGAAGUCGUCGAAGAUACCAGAACACUCCUUCAAUGGACCCGUUAGGUUCCUAGACUUGGCUCCGUCGUUACAUGGUAUUAGCGGCACGCGGGGAAAUAUGAUGGUCAAUAGGAACGUCCUCUUUACAGCAUCUAGUUUGAGGAGCGCGGCGACGCUAUUACCGAUCGCGUGCCAGAUGGGAAGCGAAUUGAAGAAUUAUGUGCAUUUUGCCUUGAUGAGUCGGAGCGAUAUCGACAUACGGGAGUUGCGAAAAGUCAAUGGCAUUGACGAGUCCUGCCAAAUUAUAUUCCACGAUGCGCGUCCCGACUAUGCGCCAAUAUCAACAGAUGAUCGAAUGGAAAAUGCCGUGUUUCGUGCAUUUCAUCAUAUUUACAACUAUAUGCACCCUCAAGCUAUUUUAGUCGAUGGCUCAAACGAUGAAGAACCAUUCUUCCUUCGAGCUGCACGGCAGCAUUCGGAGGUGAAGAAGAACACGUUAAUUGAACUACCAUAUAGGCCCGCGAAGAGGCUUGAGUGGCUAACAAAGCUAGACAGCCAGGCGCUGCACAUGUGGAAUAAAAAUCACAUUGAUAUCCUUAUUCAUGCAGUACCAGGAGCUUCGGGGAGCUUGAUUAGACUCCUCAGAUCUCUCAGUGCUGCAGACUACACUUCCAGCUCCAUCCCCCAUCUCACCAUUGAGCUCCCUCGUGAUAUUGAUCCUCCAACUAAAUAUUUCCUCGAAACAUUUACGUGGCCGCCCGCCCACAUCAGUAAUCCAACUAAUGCGCAUCUUCUCUCCCUCCGGCAUCGUAUCCCUCAUCAGAAAAUGGGCGAAGAGGAUAGCUCCGCCCGUUUUCUUGAGUCGUUUUGGCCAGCUCAGCCGGCGCACUCACACAUAUUAGUACUUUCCCCACAAGUAGAACUAUCACCGGAUUUCUUCCAUUACCUUAAAUAUGCGCUUUUAGAAUACAGAUACUCCGCACUUUCCACAUACCGACAUUGGGAUCGUCGGCUAUUUGGUAUCAGUCUUGAACAACCACUCCAAUUGCUAGAUGGGGAAGAGGCAUUAUCCCUACCAUCGCUUCUCAGGAGCAGUGAUCCCGACGACACGGAUGGCGAUGAAAUUUCUACCUCAUUCCUGUGGCAAGCACCCAGCAGCAACGCAGUCCUUUUUCUAGGCGAAAAGUGGAUGGAGCUCCACGAUUUCGUCUCCAGAUCAUUAGAGGCCAAGCAAGAAUUAGAGCCCUCCCCGGCACUUCUCUCGGAAAAGGUCGUUAGUACGCAAUAUCCAUCUUGGCUGGAACACGCCUUAAGAUUAGCGAGAGCGCGUGGCUAUUGGAUGUUGUAUCCGGGCAAGGAUACCGCUGAGAACCUGGCGACGGUUCAUAGCGAACUUAAUCAUAUGCCUGAGGAAUAUGCGACUCGAGAAAAUUCGAGGACAGUAUUGGCGGACGAUGCCAGCGAAGAGGAAAUAGAAAACGUUAGGCAGAAGAUACGGGCAGGCGUGGAGAUACCUCUGGCCCCAGUGUCUCUUCUUGAUAGCCUUCCCAACAAUGGGAACCUCCGACCGUUUGGCGAUCUACCGAUAGUGUCAUGGGAUGGUCAACCGGUGGAUUUCGAAGAGUUAACCGCCUUCUCUGAGAAGUAUUCAGCGGAGUUCAAACAAAAGGUCGGUAGCUGUACGGAAUCCGAGGAUGACCAGAAGCAGAGGGAGAGCUUUUCGACACAAGAUCUGUUCUGCUUGACGGAUUGAAAGCUCGAAUAACCCUAACUAUAAUAAGCUUCGAUAAACCUUGGGGUCAUUGCGGUCGUGAAACUGGGGGAAACCGGUCUUUAAUGGUGGAGUUUGGCGCAUCCGGGUCG